UUUAUUAUCCAAGAAACCAAGUAGUCAAUAAGAAAUAAUUGCGGAAUGACCAACAUAACUUGUUGUCAAAGCUUAGAGGUUGAUGUUGGGUUUUUCAGUAGGAAGUUCAAUGCAUGACAGACUUUUUGACUUUGGGAUUUUAUUUCAGUUUCUUGGGUUUCUUCUGUAAUGAAAGUUGAGGAGUUAAUUUAUUUUAUCUAAACCAUCCAUAGCCACUGAAAGCAUAAACUCUUGUCUCAUUUGGAAUUCUUGAAUUUUGUAAAGUUAUGUUCUUUUCCAUGACUGAAUUCUUAAUUACACACUUCCUUGCAUUUCCAUUUUUCUGUAAACAUAAAAGGGUCAAUGUAUAUUCAAUAAUUGCAUCUUGAAAACAGUUCAUUUCACCUGAGGCACCAAUUUUGACUCUCUGAUUUUGAAAGCAGCCUAAUAAAAGAAGUAGCUUUUGGUGUUGUAGUUGUUAUCUGAAUGUAUAUUAUUUCAGAAAUCUGUGCAAGAACAGUUCAUUCAUUUUUAUAGCAUAUGAUAUGAUGAUUUUGGUCCAUGAUUCAGUACUUUGAGCCUGCAGCUUCUGUCAAAUCUCUUGGAUUCAUUAGGCCAUCUCCGAAAAAAAAAAAAAAAGAGUCUUUUUUGCAGAAUUAUUGGUGCUGUUUUGCUGCUAAAUUUGGACUCUUUUUGCAUAUAUUUCUUAUUUUUGGAACUUCCAUUUGUCUCAUAAUCUUUAUCACACCCACUUACCAGAAAAAAAGAUAAACUUUACACAACAAAGAUUACUCCUAAAAAUCCACAAGGCUUGGCUGUUAAAAAGGGUCUCAUCAGUUGUCUACUGUGAUGUAAUAGUGGCAAUUUCAGUUGUAUAUGGUGGGCCAAACAACACAAUAAUGCAUAUAAAGUUUUGUUCCUUGAAUCUUGUUUUUGUGUCAAGCAGACAUGAAAGUUUGUCUUUGUAAAGAGAAUUAGUUUUGUGUCUGUGAUGGGUUUAGUGGGUUGAUUUUCUUGAAAAUUUGAAGGCAAAGGUUAGAAACUUAUUGUGGGAUAAUGAGUAGGGAGGUGAAGAAAGGGAAGCUGGAGGAUAAGAGUUGUGAGAAAGUUAUGGUAGCUGUUAAGGCAUCAAAAGAGAUACCUAAGAAUGCUAUUGUGUGGGCUUUGACUCAUGUUGUUCAACCUGGAGAUUGCAUUACACUUCUUGUGGUUGUACCUUCACAAACUUCUGGUAGAAAGAUGUGGAGUUUCCCCAUGUUUGCUGGAGAUUGUGCCCAUGGUCACCGGAAGUCGCAUUCUGGAAAUAGUACUGAGCAAAAGUCAGACUUAACAGAUUCCUAUUCUCAGAUGAUCCUUAAGCUCCAAGAUGUUUAUGAUCCCACUAAGACAAACAUGAAGAUUAAAAUUGUUUCUGGUUCACCGCAUGGAGCUGUGGCUGCCGAGGCAAAGAGGAAUCAAGCUAAUUGGGUCGUUUUGGACAAACAUCUCAAACAUGAGAAGAAAUGCUGUAUACAAGAGCUGCAGUGCAAUAUCGUAGUAAUGAAGCGAUCUCAAGCAAAAGUUCUCCGCCUUAAUUUAGUCGGUUCACCUAAAAAGGAACCUGAUGUCACAGUCUCGUUAACUUCAGAGCAAGCUCAAUCAUGUGGACAAGAACUAGAAAAAAAUUAUUCAUUGGAUACUUCUAGAGGUCCGUUAGUAGUAACACCAACAAGUAGUCCAGAGAUGUUCAGUGCUACUGAAGUUGGUACUUCAUCAGUUUCAAGUUCGGAUCCUGGAACUUCACCAUUUUUGGUCGCCGAAGUAAAUAGGGAGUUGCAUAAAGCGGAGUUGUUAGCCUUAAAGGAAGAUCAAGAUUUAGAUGAUUCAAGUUCAGAGAGUGAGAGUGAAAAUCUAUCUUCUUCAAGUUCAAGAUUCCAACCGUGGAUGGUGGACAGUGUCGAUUCACAUUGUCAACUCUCUCAAUGCCAGGGAAUUAGCUCCAUGUCAUUCCUGGAGAAGUUGACUAAGCUUGAUAUAGAAGUUGAUUCCGGAUCUCCGAGUUAUAGAGAUGAUAUUAGAGAAUCAGGUCCAUUAACCAGAAGUGCACCUCUUGGCCCUCCUCCCUUGUGUUCAAUAUGUCAACAUAAGGCGCCUGUAUUUGGGAAACCUCCGAGGUGGUUCACUUAUACUGAGUUGGAGCUUGCAACAGGAGGAUUUUCGCAAGCCAAUUUCUUGGCUGAGGGAGGAUAUGGAUCCGUUCACAGAGGAGUCCUUCAAGACGGUCAAGUUGUUGCUGUCAAGCAACAUAAAUUGGCAAGUUCUCAAGGGGAUCAAGAAUUUUGCUCGGAAGUUGAAGUGCUCAGCUGUGCUCAGCACCGUAAUGUAGUCAUGUUGAUAGGAUUCUGCAUUGAAGACAGGCGAAGAUUGCUAGUAUACGAAUAUAUAUGCAAUGGUUCUUUAGAUUCUUAUCUAUAUGGACGCAAUAGGGAACCUUUGGAGUGGUCUGCACGUCAAAAGAUAGCUGUUGGAGCUGCACGAGGUUUGCGAUAUCUACAUGAAGAGUGCAGAGUUGGCUGCAUUGUCCAUCGGGAUAUGAGACCCAACAACAUUCUCAUCACUCAUGACUUCGAACCACUGGUCGGAGACUUUGGUUUGGCCAGAUGGCAACCGGAUGGUGAUACAUGUGUUGAAACGAGAGUACUUGGAACAUUUGGGUACUUGGCUCCUGAGUAUACUCAAAGUGGCCAAAUUACUGAGAAAGCUGAUGUUUACUCAUUUGGCGUGGUGCUCGUAGAGCUUGUAACUGGUCGUAAAGCAGUGGAUCUUAACAGGCCUAAAGGCGAGCAGUGUCUCACAGAAUGGGCACGUCCAUUGUUGGAAGAAUGUGCAGUCGAUGAGUUAAUAGAUGCCCGGAUAGGAAGCAGCUGCAAGGAGCACGAGGUGCAUUGCAUGUUGCAUGCUGCAUCUUUGUGCAUAAGGCAGGAUCCUGAGGCUAGGCCUCGAAUGUCUCAGGUACUUCGAAUUCUUGAAGGUGACCUGAUCAUGGAUUCUGGUCAAAUGUCUACGACACCUAGGUAUGAUGUGGGAAGCCAAAGUGGAAGGAUUUUAUCUAAUCACCCCAUGCAGUAUGAAAGGUACAGUGGUUCUAUACUACACGAUGAAUUGGAGGGGCUAAGUCCAAAGCUCUCAUUUGACAAAAGGAGACCCUCUAUUACUUGGGAUAGGGAUAGUCGUCACAGGACUGCAUUUUAAGAUCAUCUGUAAAUUGCUUGAUAUUGAAACUUGUGAUCGAAGGUACAUUUGCUGCUAUAUUAGCAGAUCAAGCCAUAUCUCUUCCAUCACUUGUGCAGAAGUGAGUCAUAAUAGUGUGUGUUUUUGUAUUGAUACUUGUGUCUCAAGGAAACAUUAGGUUUUUUUGAGACACUGGAUUCUCACUAAUGUUUGCGUUACUCUAAAAUGUUCUAGCUUCCACUUAGUCCCCACCAUAGGCACGAGUUUUGUCCAAAUUAGUUAAGUCCAUUCUCCAGCACUCCGCUCCAUGAGGAUCAACAGUGGUUGCUAUUUUUUCUUCCUUAGUGACUCGAACCGAACCUUGUGGUCAAAAGUGUAGUGGUCCUACUGCUAAAGC